CUGUUACUAUUUUAUCUUUCUCGAAACUAAAUUAUUAUUUCAAUUUAGACCAGUCAACGGCGGCGGCUGUACCACUCCUAUACAAGAAGCAAAUCUGAAAGUCUCUGCGACCAAAAACUCAAGUCUCUAAACUUUCAACCUGAAUAUUCAUUUUUUAUCCGACCAUUUCAUGGCGGACUACGGCGGCCAGAAUCUCGAAGUGGAUCCGAGAAGCGGCUUCUGCAAAUCCACAAAAAUCUUCCACAGCAAACGCCGCCCAAUCCCACUUCCCCCCAACCAAUCCCUCGAUGCCACGACGUUUAUCUCUUCCCGCCCUCACAACGGCAAAAUCGCCCUCAUCGACGCCACCACCGGCCAACACAUCACCUAUUCCGAUCUCUGGAACUCCGUCGACGCCGUCGCCUCUUCGCUUUCCGACAUGGGCAUCAGAAAAGGCCACGUCAUCCUCCUUCUUUCCCCAAAUUCCAUCUACUUCCCCAUUAUUUGCCUCGCCGUCAUGUCCAUCGGCGCCAUCAUCACUACCACAAAUCCCCUCAACACUCCUCAAGAAAUCGCCAAACAAAUCGCCGAUUCCAACCCGAUUUUAGCCUUCACUACUCAACAACUAAUCCCCAAAAUCGCCAAUUCCAAAUUACCAAUCGUCAUAAUCGACGGUCAAAUUCCAAAAUCCCCAAUCAAAAUCGUGUCGACAUUGAGCGAAAUGAUGAGGAAAAAACCAAGUGGGAGUCGAAUUAAGGAACGCGUGGAGCAAAACGACACAGCGACUCUGCUUUAUUCCUCUGGAACGACAGGGGCGAGCAAAGGCGUAGUGUCGUCUCACAAGAAUCUAAUCGCCAUGGUUCAAGUGGUUGUGACGAGAUUCAAACUAAGCGAAGGGGAAGGGACUUUCAUUUGUACGGUCCCGAUGUUUCAUAUUUACGGCCUUGUGGCUUUCGCUACGGGGCUGCUUUCUUCGGGAUCUACAAUCGUUGUAUUGUCAAAAUUUGAGAUUCAUGAAAUGUUGUCGGCGAUUGAGAAGUACAAGGCCACGUAUUUGCCUCUUGUACCGCCGAUUCUGGUGGCGCUCGUGAACGCCGCCGAGCAGAUAAAGGGAAAGUACGAUUUGGGGUCGUUGCACACGGCGUUGUCCGGCGGAGCGCCGCUUGGAAAGGAGGUGAUUGAGGGUUUUGUUGAGAAGUAUCCAAAUGUUGCAAUUCUUCAGGGAUAUGGAUUGACGGAGUCCACCGGAAUUGGGGCGUCCACUGAUUCUUUGGAGGAGAGCCGCCGGUACGGCACGGCGGGGCUUCUGUCUCCAAGCACUGAAGGGAUGAUUGUUGACCCGGAAACCGGUGAGGUUCUUCCCGUGAACCGGACUGGAGAGCUUUGGCUUAGAGGGCCCACCGUAAUGAAAGGGUAUUUUGGUAAUGUGGAGGCGACAACUUCAACACUUGAUUCAGAGGGAUGGCUGAGAACCGGUGAUCUGUGUUAUAUUGAUGAAGAUGGUUUUAUUUUUGUGGUUGAUAGGCUUAAGGAACUCAUCAAAUAUAAGGGUUAUCAGGUGCCUCCUGCAGAAUUGGAGGCGUUGUUGCUUACUCAUCCUAAUAUCUCUGAUGCAGCCGUGAUUCCAUAUCCAGACAAAGAAGUUGGACAGUUUCCAAUGGCGUACGUGGUAAGAACGGAUGGAAGUGAUAUUUCACAUGAAGAUGUAAUGCAAUUUGUGGCCAAACAGGUGGCGCCGUACAAGAGAAUCCGGCGGGUGGCGUUCGUGGAUUCCAUUCCCAAGAAUCCGUCCGGUAAGAUUCUGAGAAAGGAUCUCAUAAAGCUCGCAACCUCCAAACUCUGAAUUUAGGCAAUUGGUCUUCCAACAAUCUGGACCGUUGAUGAGACGGCCAGAUGCUGAUUUGAGAUUGUCAUGUUCUUUUUUUCUUCUUUCUUCCUUUUUUUUCCCUUUAUGUAUAAAUUAUCAGAAAUGAAACGUGAGUUGCACUGGGAAUAAAACAUAUUAUAUUGUUUAAAGGGGUUAAUUAGAAAAUUGAGGUACUUUUGGAAAUAAAUUAAGUAAAAUGGGUGGUUUUGGAAAGAAAAAAAAAAAGAAGGCAAAAUGGGUGUUUUUUCUUUUCUUUUUUUUUAAAAAAAUCUUUUAUGGAAUGUUCAAACUCCGUCAAAGAAAAAAAAUCUGACACGGAUGACACGGAUGACGACCUGACAAGACUGAUGACGUGACCAGACACGAGGGAUUCCUUAGAUUUUCAUUGUAUUCCUUUCACUUUUUCACAUUAAACCCCAGCAACUUCUUCUUUUUUCCAAUUAACCCCAAAUUGUACUUUCAUCUACCCAAAUUUCUUCUUCUCUUAGAAUUUCAUCCCUCUCUUCCCGAUUCAAAAUUCAAAACUUUCUUGCUUGAAACAUUUA